CACAACUUUGUAAAAUUUAGAAGAAGUUUGACUCGUUUUACCUCAACCACAAGAACUCAGGGCUCAGUCAGGAUAGCUUGACGAGUGAUGAAUAAUCUACUCUAUCAAAGAUAGAGAUAGACAUUAAUAAAUCAUGUAAGCAGCUUUGAAACUUCUAUCAGCGCAGUUGGUAUCAUAUAGGUUCCGAUCCUGAAAGUAGAAGAAUUUCCUUUGUUUUUAUCGCGGUGAUGACACCUUUUUAUUCGGUGCUUAGAGACCUUCAAAAAGUCUCGAUGAGUGUCCCAAUAUAGACUACAACGGUAUCUGAGCGAUUAUAUCAAUUUGUUUAUUUGAGAUUAAACUUUUUUUUUGCCUUUGAAGCUUUCAACAUUGCCUCUUUGUGACCCAAAUUCGAAAGCUGCGAUGUAAAAUGACAUUCGGCUGACAGCUAUCAAAGUAGGCCGACAUGAUGAGCAAUAAUCAUGGCAGACACACCCAGUACCGUGUCCACCGCCCCGAACCUACAUGAUACCUCUUCAAUUCCUGUGAAUUCGGACCCAUCUCCCCAAGUGAAGCCUAAGCCUCGUUCUGCCGUCCCAAAAGGACCCCCACUUCAUCAGAUUUAUGCGCUCCCUGCGCCUAUCCGUACUUUUCCGUUACCAACCUUUUAUCCGAGUAAUCCGCUGUCCCUUUUUCACGUGGUCUACGCGUGGGUGAGCCAGCUCGUGUCCCCGCCGCCAGCUGAGCCUACUGUAAUUCAUCAAGGCGUCUGGUCCGCGGAGACUCGAUCAGUCCAUAUCAAGGACCCCAAAUCGAUACGAGCAUUAUGGGAACAGGGGUUCUUCGGUAAAGGCAAUUACAGUAGGAGCGAGCCGAAUUGGCUCAAGCGAGAACAGGCUCGGAGGGGUGAACACGAUGGCCACGUUGCCGAAGCCGUAACCGCCCAGAGGCGAGAAGAGCGCAAGUUGAUGAAGUGGGACCGUGCCAGGAAAGAGCAGGAAGCAAUCGAACGGACCAGGCAGCAGGAAGCAUGGGUAGCUCCAGUUGGGCCCGCCGAGUUGUUGGCCCUUCCAAAUUCUCGGUGUGAUCUAAAACCCAUAUACCCUAACGGUUCGACAAGCGAAAAUAUGGCGCGGAUUCCCAUCAUGAAUGGUACUCGGAGCGUCGUCAAGACCGCAAACGGGGCCGCAAAUGGCGUCUCGUUAUCAUUAGAUACCACCACGACGAAAGACGCCGAUAGGACAAGCACGGCCGAGAAGGAAACAGCAGCGGCUUCGUCCGGGAUGAAUGGUCACUCUUCACAACCGCAUACUCCAACUAACCCCCCUAAGAGACGCAAGUCGGUGCGAUUUUCGCCCAAGGUGGAGUCGACAACUUUUCAGCUGUUUGAUCCACCGAGCCCCCGUCACGGCGCAUUGCUAAAUGGGAACACGCCUAACGGCAUUAUAUCAAACGGGGUUUCCCCGUUAGCUCGGCCGACAGACUUGGGCCCAUCACAGCCUGCCCUUGAAAGCGAGACGAACGUCAAGACUAGUUCCGAGUCGGAACUCGAACUUGUAGAUAAGGAACGCCUUCAGUUAUGUCCGGAAGAGGCUUUCUACCUCGUCUUUGCUCUAGGGGCUUUGAGUAUUUUAGAUUCAGCGACUGGCAAACCAAUCACGGCUCCAGAUCUGUUCAAGCUUUGUCGCCAGGUCUCGUACAUACCUCCGAGGACGGUAGAUCUUCGGCCGGAUGAUUCAUUUCUUAUUCAUUAUGCCGUGUACCACCAUUUUCGGUCUUUAGGCUGGGUGACGCGGCCUGGUAUCAAAUUUGGUGUCGAUUGGAUGUUAUAUAACCGUGGUCCGGUAUUCUCUCAUGCCGAGUUUGCCGUCGUCGUUUUACCAGCGUACACCGAUCCUUGGUGGAGGACACAGGGCCGCCAACCUCCUCGGAGGUCUUGGCACUGGCUUCAUACCAUCAAUCGUGUGCAAGCUACAGCCCUAAAGACACUGGUUCUUGCGUAUGUAGACAUACCGCCCCCGUUUGAAGAAGGGCUCGGGGCGGCUGAGGUCUUGAAGCGGUAUAGAGUCCGAGAGUUCAUCGUAAGAAGAUGGCUCAGCAAUCGGAAUAGGGAUUAAGUGGUCACAUAGAAUAGAGGGAUGCAUCAGAAGCGCAAGUUCAUAGGGUGGCGUUCCGGAUUUAACUGUACGAUUAUUACGAUUAACGCGUUUGAGAUAAUGAACGCGUCAUAUGAAUACAUCUCAUGAAUACAAUCACUCUACGAAGCUUCAG